ACCAUUAUCGCCGCGCCGAGAGCAACGCCCAGCGAAUUAUUCGCAUUCGUGUUUGAGUGUCUCUGCGCAGAGUUUCGAUUGAGGAACGAGAAUUUUUCUCGCGCAGAACUUUUGCGGACUUUCGCCCCUUUGUCCCGCCCCCACCUGUGCCCGUUACAUGAUUUAAGUGGAUCGCCCGCACAUUUGAAUCGAGUGUCAACAGUGUCAAAAUGGCUUGGCGUUUCAAAGCGUCCAAAUAUAAAAAUGCAGCGCCGAUCGUUCCCAAGCCGGAGGCUUGCAUUCGGGAUAUUUCCGUGGGAUCGUAUCAAACCUACGGGAAUAACAUAACAGCAUCUGCGGCAUUCAUGGCAUUCAAUGUUGAUCAUAAUGGAUCCAGUUUAGCGGUAUUGCCGUUAGAGGAUUGUGGCAGAAAAAGCAAGACUAUGCCACUGCUUCACGCACACGCGGACACCGUGACGGAUAUGGGAUUUUCCCCAUUUCACGACGGCUUACUUGCGACUGGGUCUCAGGAUUGUCUCGUAAAGUUAUGGCACAUCCCAGAAAGUGGUUUGGGAGAAUCAUUGUGUAAUCCAGAGUGCACAUUCUCGCAUCGCCAACGAAGAGUGGAAGCGGUAUGUUGGCAUCCUUCUGCUGAACACCUUUUGACCACUGCAUCAUUCACCAAUCUCUCGCUCUGGGAUGUUCUGUCACAACAGGAAUUAUUCUCUAAUAGCGACCAUACUGAAGUGAUUCAAUCUGUAAGUUGGAAAGAGGACGGUACCGUUUUAGCGACCACCUGCAAAGAUAAACAAAUGAGGAUUAUAGAUCCGCGUGCCUCGACGUGUAUCAUCAAUUCAUGCUCAAGUCACCAAAGUAUUAAAGAUUCCAGAAUAGUCUGGCUAAAUAGUGACAGAAUACUUACGACAGGAUUUGAUGCAGCAAGACUUCGUCAAGUUUACAUUAGGGACUUGAGACGCUUAAAUGAGCCAGUAAAAACGUUGGAAUUAGAUUGUAGUACUGGUAUUUUGAUGCCGCUUUUCGAUUCCGAUACAAAUAUGCUCUUCCUUGCUGGCAAAGGAGACACUACCAUUAUGUACAUGGAAGUCAUGGAUAGAGAUCCUUAUCUGGUGGAAGGGAUUCGUCAUAGCGGCGAUCAAACUAAAGGAGUAUGCCUUGUUCCUAAACGAGCAUUAAAUGUAAUGCAGGCUGAAGUUAACAGGCUAUUACAGCUCACCUCCAAUAUGGUGAUUCCUAUUAUGUAUCAAGUUCCACGAAAAACAUACAGAGACUUUCAUGCAGACAUUUAUCCGGAUACUAUUGGUCCCGUUGCUCAAAAUAAUGCAACAUCAUGGAUUAAGGGCCAUAAUGCACCUGUGCCAAAGAUAUCGCUAGAUCCUGCUAAAAGAAACAAAGGCGAAGAACCGAUUACUGUACACAAAGGAAACUUAACGGUGCUCAAAGACAAUCAGCGCGAAAUUAAAAUAGAACAAACGAACCGGCCGCCGAAACCCUUGAUUAUUACUGCACCAAAAGGAUUCUCGAAAGUGCAGAGCAACAUGAACGAAAAUGAUAACAAUGUGGAGAACGAUACCGAAAAGAUUGAAGAGUUGAAAAAACUACCCGAGAUAGAAGAUGAAAAAACCAAGAUGCAAAACGGGGGACAAACCGUUCCACCAAAACCUUUACCAAGAGCAUCAAGAACCAACAGUAUCUCCGAUGAGGAACCAAAACCAGUGGCACGUCCUCGUACAUCGCCAAAUCCCGGAUCAGUAGUUACAUCAGUGAAUCCUAACGCGAUUGGCGGAUAUAAGCCUCGACUUGGUCCUAAACCAUUUCAAGCAAAGUCCAGCAGCCAGGAAUUUUCAUUUGAUAAGGUUUUCUCUGUACCACUUGCACCGAAUAAUGACAGCAACACCAAUGGUUAUCAGAAUGAAAUUAAUAAUACUGUAGAGCAUAACACUGAAGCAGACAAGUCACCGACCUUAACACCCAAUGAACGGGCAAAGGAUACAGAAAAUGGCAAGAGUGACUCGAGCUCCAUCGAGGAAGACGCCAAUUCGAGUGACUCUGGUUACAAGCCGAAGACACCAAGCACUGCGGAAAGACGCAAAGUGUUCGAAACGAAAGUGAAGGAUGAAUCGCCCGAAAACGAGGAUAUUGGAAAUUUUGAACGCGGCGCGAACAGGAACUCAAUCGCCGAAAGGCGACGCCUUUAUGAGAGUCGAUCUGUAUCUGUCACCGACGGAAAUUUAGCAGAGAAAGCGAUGGGUUCGCCGACUAUGUUGAGACGAAGAGAUUCCUUCAAAGCGAAGAGCGAGGUGAUUAAGGAAGACGAAACUAAGAAAAGUAUUCCUAUGUUGCGACAGCAGAGCAUGGAUCCCAAAUUGGAAAAGAUAGAACCUGUUGUGACACCAGCUUCAAAAAGGACGUCGACAGUUUUUGGAAGAGUAUCUAAGUUUCGACACUUGAAAGGUACUCCAGGACACAAAUCUACGCACAUUGAGAAUAUACGCAAUAUCAGUCGCCAAAUAUCCGGCGAAUGUGAUGGCUUUCAUGCCAAUGCCGAUCGAGUGGCUGUACCUUUGAGUGGCCUAGGUGGAAAAAUAGCAGUAUUGGAAUUGAAGAAAACUGGAAGACUGCCUGAUGGAGUUAUGCCAGCAUUAGUCCAUGGUGCGACCGUAAUGGACUUUCAGUGGGAUCCGUUUGAUAAUCAACGACUAGCAGUUGCUUGUGACGACGGAAUAAUUCGCUUAUGGGAAAUACCCGAGUCUGGUUUGGCAGAACCAACGAAUGAACCGAAACACAUCAUAGAAGCUCAUACCGAUAAGAUUUAUCUGAUCAAAUUUCAUCCACUGGCAUCAAAUGUUUUGGCAUCCGCUUCGUACGAUAUGACCGUAAAAAUAUGGGAUUUGUCGCUCUUGUCAUCUGCCGAGACGGCAGCUGCGAAGAUUACUUUGAUCGGUCAUACUGAUCAGAUAUUCAGCUUAGCAUGGUCUCCGUGUGGUCAGUAUCUUGCCAGCGCAUGCAAAGAUGGUAAACUACGAAUAUAUAAACCUCGAUCGAGCGAUGUUCCCGUAAAAGAAGGAAAAGGUCCUGUCGGAACGAGAGGUGCGAGAGUUAUAUGGGCACUUGAAGGCAAAUAUCUUGUUGUAAUGGGUUUCGACAAAGUUUCUGAAAGACAAAUUUAUGUAUUUAAAGUGGAUAAUUUAAACACUCCUUUGAACACUGUUGGAUUGGACGUCUCACCUGCCAUAUUAAUGCCAUAUUAUGACGAAGAUAGCUCCACGCUUUUUCUAACUGGACGUGGUGAUUCUACGAUAUAUGCAUUUGAGGUAACCGAGGAAGCUCCAUAUUGCUGCCCACUAAGUCAUCAUAGAUGCAGUAGCUUACACCAAGGCUUGUCAUUCCUUCCGAAAAAUAAAUGUGACGUGGCCAGUGUAGAGUUUGCCUCUGCCUUAAGGUUAACAAAUAAUACAAUAGAGCCUUUAAGCUUUACCGUGCCGCGUAUAAAGAGUGAAUUAUUCCAAGACGACCUCUUUCCUCCAACUAAAGUUAUCUGGAAGCCGACUUUAUCCGCGUCAGAGUGGUUUAAUGGUGGCAAUAAGCAACCAUCUAGAAUGAGUCUUAAGCCACCUGGUAUGGAUAAUUUAACUGAGAGUCAACCCCAAAGUGCAGUUACACCUCCCCAAAUUGCAAACAAACCGUCACCGACACCUUUUGGCAUCACUACACAACCCUUCAGUAGAUUAGGAUGGAAUCCAGACAUUAAAGCAAAACAAGAAGAGAUCCAGAAAACUAUGAGCCAUUUUGUGGGAGAUGUCAUCCAGUGUUCACUAGAACAAGAUCAUAUGGAAGGUGUUGAGGAACACGAAUGGGACGAGUGAAAAUUGAAGACUUGUGGAUAGAUGCAAACUGGUAAGGUAAAAAUCUAAACGUAGUUAUUCGAGCCGCGUAAAUUAUUCAUAAGUUAGGAUUACAUAUUGCGCGAAUGGCAAGAAUAUCGCAGUGUUACUGUGUAUAGAGUGAGAGACAGGGAGAGUUGUAUCUGAGAAAUAUACUUCCGAUUUUUUUGGAAGAAAUAAGAGAUAAGUACAGUGUUUUAUAUCAAUUUACAACAAGUAAUACUCAUUUUUUCAUAAAUCUAACUUAAGAUUUUGUAAACGCAUUUUUCAAUAUAUAGAAGUAAGAGUCCAGGCCUUGUUGAAUUAAUUUAAAGUGAAAAGAUAAAUGAAAUAAAUGGCACACAAGAGAUUUUUUAAUCUGAUCAAUGCAAUGAUAUUUGAUAUAGCGCAGUGUCGAUAUGAUAACACUGUCCUUAUACAACCAAAAUGCGUGAUUGUAGCUCUAGUCCCAAAAUCUUUUUUUUUAAAUCGCUUAUUUGUCUCACUUAUAUAUUUCUAGUAAAUAAUUCUAUAACGUUCUAUAAUAUAUCACUGUAGAAAUUAUAUUAGAUGUAGGAUAUGCUUAAUUAUCGUCAAAAAAUGGAAAAACUUAUAAUUUGACAAUAAUUCCACCUAUUUAAUGAAUAUCAGUUUGGAAAUUCAGUGGAUGAGUAAUUCUAGAGCAAGUAUGCUAGUAUAUUUAUUACACUUUUCAGUUCCGAAUGUGAAUAUUAAUUGUGUCAGAGACAAUUAUUGACGAGUAUUUAAUUCGCUAUAUAUCAAGCAUUAGAAUGACCAAUUUUCUAUAUAAAAAAAUCACAACAUGUGCCAUUUGUAAAGCGACAAACAUGAAAUGCAAUCUAUCGUUAAUGAAAAAAAAAACAGUAUUACAUCCAAUAUUAUUAGGUCUUUAAAAGUAAUUUAUUUUGUGAUGGAGUCGACAUUAUUAACUUACUUAACUGCCACAUCAGUGCCAGAUUUAUCUUCGUUUCGGCAAGUGUCAAUAAUGGUCUCAUGUAUAUGACAUAAUAUAAUCUAUCAUCGUAUAUGUGUGAUAAUAGAACAAAUGAUGGUCUCGUCGCAGAAUUGUGAGGUAGAAGUUUUUUACGAUAUUUCCUUAUACGCACAUACAAAAGACAUUAUACAAAAUAAUUGAUAAAUACAAUGCGUACAUAAGUAAUCGUAAGCCAGUAAUUUAAUUAGUAUGGUAAAAUAUACUUCAACUGAAGUGUUUAUUGAUGAGCAUUGAACUCUUUGCAAGAUUCAAACAAUUUUAACUGAUAAAGAAUGACUGAUCUUUUUUACAAUAAUCCUUAUCAAAAUAUUGAAUAUAACAUUUAAAUGAGAAUUUUAUCUCGUUUUUAUGUAUUUAUACUAUGUGUUAGUCACACUAUAAAAAUGGUGGUACUAUGUCCUUCGAAAUCAGUUUUGAAAUUGAUGAUAAAACCAAGUUUUCUUUGUAAAAAUUUAAUGAUGAUUGCAUGUAUAUAUAACUUCUUUGUUAUUUUUUUAUAUCUCGGCACACAACGUUCGAACAUAGUGCCAAAAAUCCAUUAUCUAGUAUUUCUUGUAUCUUGCACAUUUUAGACUUGUAAGAUGUUCCAAAACAUUCGAAAGUAUUAAAGAAUUUUCUAUACGUGUCAAAAAAGGAAUAAAACAAAAUUUGAUUUGUCGCUGCCAUUUAUAUCUUUACUAAACUAACUCUACUAUACUAACUUUAUAUUGUAUUACGAAAGGAGGUACGAUAAACUUGCAUAUCUUAAUAUGUAAUUUUUUUAUUCGAUUAUUCGUAUAGCGUUAUAUGUUGCACACGAUUACAAAUUUGUAACCAUUUUGCAAGCAAGCUCUAUCUGUUUAUGACCAGAAUGCCAGAAUGCUGAAGCGCGAUCUUUUACAGAGAGAUUUAAGAUAUACGUGCAAAACAAAAAAUGUACGAGACUGAAUGUUUCAUGCCAUUCGAUUUCGUGUUCUGUAAAUCAUCGCUUUCUAAAUAAUUUUAUUAUAUAGUGAUGAUGUACCUUUAUAUCAAUCUUAUAACGUUCAUGUAUCUCAGCUAUAAAAUUUUUAUCAAAA